UUUCUUGAACACAUCUAUCUAUCUAUAAAAUCCUGUUUAGAAUCUAUGCUUUUCUUUUGACCCAAAAUCAUUCAAUAAACACACAAAUCCAUACAAAUUUCGGGUCCUACGAUCUCAUCAACAUUUUUGUGUGUACCCUUUAACAGUUAACUGAUUCUUGUAAUUCAAAGUUUGAUUCUUUUAUUAUUUAGAAUCGAGCUUCCCUUCGAAUUUAAGAUAUGCAGGGCCAGCUUAUGUGCAACGGGUGUAGGAACAUUCUCCUUUAUCCGAGAGGAGCACCGAAUGUUUGUUGUGCAUUAUGCAGUACAAUUACCGCUGCUCCUCCUCCAGGGAUGGAAAUGGCUCAACUUAUAUGUGGAGGUUGCAGGACAUUGCUAAUGUAUACGCGUGGUGCAACAAGUGUGAGAUGCUCCUGCUGUCACACUGUGAACCUUGCACCAGUAUCUGGUCAGGCUGCUCAUAUCAACUGUGGAAAUUGCCGCACAACACUCGUGUAUCCUUAUGGAGCUCCAUCUGUUAAGUGUGCUCUCUGCCACUAUGUCACUAAUGUUAGUAUGGGCAAUGUGAGAGUUCCACUUCCGGCAAAUAGACCUAAUGGUACAGCCGGAAUGACGCCACCAUCUACUUCAGCGUCGACGCCCCAAUCUCAAACUCAAACUGUUGUCGUGGAAAACCCCAUGUCUGUCGAUGAAAGCGGCAAACUGGUGAGCAAUGUUGUAGUUGGUGUCACGCAUAAAAAAUGAUGGCAGUGAGAUUUUCGGAUCUUGCUGUUUAUAUGUAGGGAAGAGCGACAAGGAUGGAUAUGGAAUUUGAUUGUGUAUAUUUUUCUCGGAAAUAGCCAUGAUUAACAUUGAUUUAUAGAAUUAUUGCAAAUAUAUGAGAUGUGGGAGAAAUUUGAAGUGUGGAUGUACAUUGUGUGAAUGAGAAGCGGGACUGAACUGUUGUUAAAUUGUACUUCUCUUAUAGCAGAAUCAGAAUGAUUACUCUGUAUCUUUCGAAAACGCAAUAAUAUAUCUGAAACAUGCAUUCUUUUGA